AGAUAUUGGAUACUCAGCUCAGCAGUCAGCCAAUUCGCAUGGAGCUAUAACGAGACGUGUCCGGCCUCCUUCCAGUCACUCCCGCCUCCUGCAGCUCGCUGCUCCUUUUCCCCCAUAGCUCCAUGGCCGCUCCGUCGCCGCCCACACCAGGCACGGGCAGACUCCCGACGAUGGCGGACAUCAUGGCCACGUCGCGCGCGCAGGGCCUGCGCAUGCGCUUAAGCACGCUUGGCCCUCUCUUCCGCGUCACGGCGACCCGCGUCGGCGGCGACGGCGACGUGGAGCUGGGCCGCGCCGAGGGCGCCAUCCGGCCUUGGCCCGGGGGCGCCGUGUUGCACCUCGAUUCCAUGCGGAUGUCGCGCGCCACGCUCGAGGUCCCCAACCGGCCCCUGUUCGGUCUCGGCAUCUUCCUAGGCGCCGUCACCGUGCGUCAUGGCUUCGACGCUGGCUGCGUGCGCGCCGAGCUGCUAGCCAUCAACGAUACGCCGCUCUAUCACAAGAAGCUUGUUAAGUUCUAUACAAGGAUGGGUUUCAAGGCUGUGCAUGAGCAUUUAAACAAAUGGCCAGACAGAUUAUAUAUUUAUAUCCCGGUGACAACCGAAUGUAAGGGAGCAAGAAAAUGGUGACUCAGCUCAAUAUUCAGGAGCUUCACUUCCUGAGAGACAGUCAAGCUCUUCAAACUGCAGGUCAGGUCAAGCAAGAAAUCUCCAUGAUCUGUCACCAACUUGAUGAUUUCUACAUGUGCAUCGGCAGUCGACCUUUAGCUCCACCCAGCCAAAAAUAUAAAUGAAGCUGCCUGCUCGUAGAGCUAUCAAAUGUAACUCUGCCUACAAGCCUAUCUACCGUACAAGCAAUAGAAUCAAGUUUUGAUUUUUAGUUCACUUAUGAUAACAUUUAGAUCCUUUUGAGAAUCAAUAAAAUCCUUAAUAACUCCUUCAAGUUCAAUAUGUAUUCAAUUAUUAUUGUUGUAAGAAUUUCCACAAGGAUUACAUAAGAGUUUGUAUAAGGAUAGAAGGA